AUGGCCGCCACCAAGGAAUAUGCCCUUCUCUGCCUAGAGAAUCCAUUGCUCGAUAUCCAAGCCCAUGGCGACGAAGCCCUCCUCGCCAAGUAUGGCCUCAAGCCUAACGAUGCGAUUCUCGCGGAAGAGAAACACAUGGGCAUCUACGAGGAUCUCCUAAACAACUACUCUGCCAAGCUCAUCGCCGGUGGAGGAGCCCAGAACACCGCUCGAGGCGCUCAAUACAUUCUCCCACCAAACUCUGUCGUUUUCCUCGGAGGCGUGGGUGAUGACAAGUACGCCGCGAUUCUGCACGAUGCCGUGAAGCAGGCUGGACUCCGCGUCGAAUACCGUGUGGACAAGAAGGAGAAGACCGGCCGUUGCGGUGUUGUUAUCACGGGUCACAACCGCUCUAUGUGCACUGACCUGGGUGCUGCAAACCACUAUGACCUGGAGCACUUGAAGAGCCCCGAGGUGUGGAAGCUCGUUGAGGGUGCGACGCAUUACUUCGUUGGCGGCUACCAUCUCACCGUGUGCCCUCCGGCCAUCCAGACUCUCGCGGAAGAGGCCGCCAAGAACAACAAGGUCUUCGUGUUCUCCCUAUCCGCACCCUUCAUCUCUCAGUUCUUCAAGGAGCCUCUGGAUGCUACUGCGCCUUACUGGGAUUACGUUAUUGGAAAUGAGACGGAGGCUUUGUCAUACGCCGAGAAUCACGGACUGGAGACCAAGGAUAUCAAGGAGAUUGCAAAGCAUCUCGCUGCCCUGCCCAAGGUAAACACGAAGAGGGAGAGAGUCGCUAUCAUCACACAAGGAACCUUGCCUACCGUUGUUGCUGUAAAUGGCCAGGAGGUCAAGGAGUACCCGGUUCAUGCCAUUGAAAAGGACCUGAUUAACGAUACGACUGGUGCGGGGGAUGCUUUUGCUGCAGGUUUCGUUGCUGGUCUUGUUGCUGAGAAGCCUCUUGACUACUGCAUUGACCAAGGUCAAUGGUUGGCAAAGUUGAGCAUUCAGGAGUUGGGACCUUCGUAA